GUCGCGCCGCUGAGCUCAUCGCGCAGCGCCGGGGAAAGCCCGGGCGGGAGGACCCGGCUCCUUGGGCCUAGCGCCGCGGCUUCAGCGCAUCGGGAGCCCCGCGGAUGUGGACUGAGGUGUUGCUUCUGCCCUGCAGGGCCGGGCUGCGGCUGUUCCCGCCGCUCCGGCUGCGGCACCGAGCGACGGGAGCCAUGAAGCUGCAAUCUCCUCAGUUCCAGGCGCUCUUCACGCCGGGGCUUCGUAGCGUGGCAGAAUUGUUUGAGAAAAAGAACUAUGAGCUGAGAAUAGCAGGAGGUGCCGUAAGGGAUUUACUAAGUGGAAUGACACCACAAGAUAUAGAUUUUGCCACUACAGCUACACCAGCAGAGAUGAAGGAAAUGUUCACAUCUGCUGGUGUUCGUCUGAUCAAUAACAAAGGAGAAAAACAUGGAACCAUUACUGCCCGGCUCCAUGAACAGAAUUUUGAAAUUACUACUCUUAGAAUAGAUGUUGUCACCGAUGGACGACAUGCAGAGGUUGAAUUUACCACUGACUGGGAAAAGGAUGCUGAAAGGAGGGAUCUGACUGUCAAUUCCAUGUUUUUAGGUUUGGAUGGGAUGCUGUAUGACUUUUUUAAUGGAUAUGAAGACUUGAAAAACAAGAAAAUUAGAUUUGUAGGAAAGGCGAGUGAGAGAAUACAAGAAGAUUAUUUACGAAUCCUAAGAUAUUUCAGAUUUUAUGGAAGAAUCGCAGAAAAACCUGGUGAUCAUGAACCUAGUACACUGCAAGCCAUUAAAGAAAAUGCCAAAGGUUUGGCUGGAAUAUCAGGAGAAAGGAUUUGGGUGGAACUGAAAAAAAUUCUUCUUGGAAAUCAUGUAAAUCAUUUGGUUCGACUUAUGUAUGAGCUGGAUAUUGCCCAAUACAUAGGACUACCACUUGAUGGAAGUUUAGAGGAAUUUGACAGAGUCACUAACAAUAUUCAAAAUCUGUGUCCAAAACCGAUGACUGUUCUGACAUCAUUGUUCAAGGUGAAGGAUGAUGUCACAAACCUUGAUCUGAGGCUGAAAAUCUCAAAAGAAGAAAAAAACCUUGGCCUUUUUUUAGUGAAGUACCGGCAAGAGUUAACUAAAGCUGUGGGUCCAGAACCACUUAGACCAUAUCAGGACUUCAUAAUGGAUUCUAGGGAAGCUAAUACAAAUUCCAAGAUCUGUGAGGUUCUGAAAUACCAAGGAGAAGAACAUCUUUUAAGAGAAAUGCAGCAAUGGACUGUUCCUUCUUUUCCUGUUAGCGGCCAUGAUUUAAGAAAAAUGGGUGUGUCUUCUGGAAAAGAAAUUGGAACAGCAUUACAACAGUUAAGGGAGGAAUGGAAGAAGAGCGGAUACCACAUGGAUAAAGAAGAACUACUAAGUUGCCUGAAGAAGUUGUAAAAUUGAAUAAUAGUGUAACUGAGAUACCAGUAAAUAUUUUGUCACUGCACUCGCAGCCAAUACAGUGUUUGUCAUAUUUAAGAUCCUCAGACAGCAUGGUUCUCCUGUUACUAAUUUGUCAUUUCUGCAAGGAGAGGUUUAAUUUUGUAGUAAUGUAAAACCUUAUUUGCAAAUUCCACAUUCUCUACCUCUUUUUGUUAUAUCUCAAUGAUAAAUACUUAGUACUUUAUCUCAAUGGGGGCAUUCGAGGUGACGGCUGAGAUUUUUCUCUUUAUGACUUCGUUUGCUACAUCUAAAAGAACAUAAACAAAAAAGGCGUUUCUAUCCUCGAGGUAAAAUCACGGGGUGGGGGGGGUGCCUAGGAGGGUGACAAAGUGUCCAGAAAUCAUGAGCUCUAAAUCUUUUUGUAGUUAAAGCUAGAUUCCAGAUUGAAAUACUCACUCCAGCAGUUCACAAACAUGUAAAACAAGUCUGUUUUCUUAAAAGAUUUUUAUUUUCCGUAAUUCCAGAAUCAAUUUCAGAUUAAAAGGAUGACUUACCGGAUCAGUAUCAUGAAGAUAGGUGCUUGAAGCAGUGCUGUUCCUGCCUGGUUUAACGAACAUGCGUUACCAGGCCUGGCUUUUUUAAAGAACAAAGAAUAGCUCUAACUGGGAGCAGCUCUUUUUGUAUAUGUUUGAUGGCAGGUUUAAGUUUUUCUACAAAACCAUGGUAACUAAUAAAAAUCGUUUGGAUUUCGUUUUGCUCAUAUACCAUUUUGCAACACUAGAUGGCAGUUACACCAGCACAGUGCUGCAAAAAUCAGCGGUUUAUGUUUUCAUACGGUCCGCUCUUUAGCUGCUUUGUUGGGUUUUUUUUCCUAGGCAGUCAGUUACUUUAAAUAAAUGAUUCUGAAGGUACUUAGGAGCUUUGAGAAGCCGAGGGAACUGUUUUUCUCUGUUAAUAAGGAAAAUCUCAUAAGAAGAUGGUGGUAUUUGAUUUAAUGAUGUAAUUAAAUUGAAGCCUCCGUGUGCAAUUUAUUGAACUACUGAAAGCUUGGGAGGGAGAAAAGUGUAAAAUUUAGUGCCAUAGUCGACUCCUGCAAAGAACACUUCACAAAACUGUGUCCUUUACAGCAGCUUCUGUUGAGGUGGUAAAAUAUUUCCAACUGUCCUUUAUGUUACCCAAAAUCAUUGUCAGGGUCAAGCUCUGCUUGGAGGGAGGGUUUUUAAGGGCACGAGCUUGAAACUUUUACAAUCUCCAGUGCUUGUGAAAAGCAGCACAGGUUAUUCUGAAAGCAUCUUAAUUAAACAG